CGGCAAAGCUGCGACCAGGCAGAUUCAGUCGUUUUUUGCGGACGACGGGGACAGUAGCUGUGCCACGGGCUCGGGCUCUCCUCCUACUUUCUAAGGAUGGCCCAGAAGGAGAAUGCCUACCCCUGGCAGACGUCUCAAUCGGGCCUGAACACCCUACCCCAGAGGGUCCUCCGGAAGGAGCCUGCCACCCCAUCUGCACUUGUCCUCAUGAGUCGCCCCAACGGCCUGCCCACAGCUGCCCAUGGCCAGAAGGUGAGAGAAAAUAGCAUUGGCGUGCGCAACUCCAGACAGCCCCUCACAAUCAACGACUUUGAGAUUGGGCGUCCUCUGGGCAAAGGCAAAUUUGGAAAUGUGUACUUGGCUCGAGAGAAGAAAAGUCAUUUCAUUGUGGCACUCAAGGUCCUCUUCAAGUCCCAGAUCGAGAAGGAAGGUGUGGAACACCAGCUGCGCAGGGAGAUCGAAAUCCAGGCCCAUCUGCAGCAUCCCAACAUCUUGCGGCUCUACAACUAUUUUUAUGAUCGGAGGAGGAUCUACUUGAUUCUGGAGUAUGCCCCCCGGGGAGAGCUCUACAAGGAGCUACAGAAGUGCCGCACUUUUGAUGAGCAACGAACAGCCACGAUCAUGGAGGAGUUGGCGGAUGCUCUGAUAUACUGCCAUGGGAAAAAGGUGAUUCACAGAGAUAUAAAGCCAGAAAAUCUGCUUUUAGGGCUCCAAGGUGAGCUGAAGAUUGCGGACUUUGGCUGGUCGGUGCAUGCUCCCUCUCUGAGGAGGAAGACAAUGUGUGGUACCCUGGACUACCUGCCCCCAGAGAUGAUUGAGGGGCGCACACACAAUGAGAAGGUAGAUCUCUGGUGCAUCGGGAUACUCUGCUAUGAGCUGCUGGUGGGGAACCCACCCUUCGAGAGUGCCUCACACAAUGAGACCUAUCGGAGGAUCGUCAAGGUGGACCUGAAGUUCCCUCCUUCUAUGCCCGCAGGGGCCCAGGACCUCAUCUGCAAGCUGCUCAAACAUAACCCCUCUGAAAGGCUGCCCCUGGCCCAGGUCUCAGCUCACCCUUGGGUCCGGGCCCAUUCGCGGAGGGUGCUGCCUCCCUCUGCCCCUCGUUCUGUCCCCUGAUCAUCUCUGUCAUUUACUUGGUUGUAUCUGUUUGUAUGUCUGUGUGUGUUCAGGGGGAGAAGGAGCCCUAGCCUGUACCCUUAUCUGUCUUCUACCUCCUUUUUAUUUAAUAAAGGCUGGAGCUUUUUGUACUGAUGAA